CCGCACAUGGGCGGGGACCAGCCAGGCAUUAACUCGAAUCGAGGACGGACGGAGGCACGAAAGAGAGUUUUUCUCGCAAUACAAGCUAGUUUGCUCGAUUUGGGCGCAACUGUUGGCUGGGUUGGUCGGGGCUGGGGGGCAUUCCCCUUUGCUCCAUCCAUCCAAGUUCAUCUUGGACUCGGAGCACCGAGCUCAUCCUAGAACCACAAAGCCAGAAGCAACUUUUUCAUCCUCGGAUCCAAAGUACUACAUCGCAAGUUACUGAAGCUGCGGCAAUGGGGAUGGGCCUGGAGGCUCUUGCAUCCUACGUGGAAAGUAUGCUCACGGAGAUGGCACGGGAAAAGGUGGGGUUGCUGCUCGGUGUCUCGAGUGAGAUCCAGAGCAUGGAGAACAAGCUCAGGUUCCUCAAGGACUACUUCGCGGAUGCCGACCGGCGGGUCAUCGCAGAUGAAUCAGUUCGGGACUGGGUUGCACAACUCAAGCAGAUCAUGUAUGGGGCAACCGACAUCAUUGACCUCUGCCAGCACGAGGCCAUGGAAAGAGGUCCAUCAGCAACUCGUGUCGUGCGGCGUUUUACUCCUUUGCUCUUCUGCAUAAGGAAUCCUUCGGUUGCCCACGACAUUGGCAGCCGCAUCAAGGCGUUGAACCAGAGGCUUGAUGCAAUCAUGGAGCGUAGCGCUGCGUUCAACUUCCUAAGUCGUCGUGAUAUGGACCAUGGAGGCGAGGUGCACACAUCUCAUCCAUACAACUUCAAGACUUCAGGAGAGCUUGACCGGUCGGAUGUGGUUGGGGAGAAGAUCGAAGAAGCCACAGAGGCAUUAGUGGCCGAAAUCAUAAAAACAAGAAACGAGGUCAACAACGACAUCGCGGUGGUCGCCAUCGUAGGAGUCUGUGGGAUUGGCAAGACCACCCUUGCACAGAAGGUCUUCAACGACGAGGCCAUCCAAGGCGAGUUCGACAAGAAGAUAUGGCUGAGCAUCAACAAGCACUUCAAUAAGGCUGACCUUCUGAGGACAGCAAUCACUCAAGCCGGAGGUGACUCAUGUCCCACAAAUGAUGAAAUGGACAUGCUCGUUGAUAUCCUUGCAGAUGCCUUGGCAGGGAAGAAGGUCCUGCUGGUGAUGGAUGAUGUUUGGUACCCCACAGCAUGGGAGUGUGUGCUCAAAAAACCAUUUUUCAAUGCUGCCGCGCGAGGUAGUCGAGUGCUCAUCACCACUAGAAGGGAAGAUGUUGCCCGUCGUAUGCGAGCCCAGCAUCCGUGCCACCGUGUCGAUAAAUUAGGUCCGGAAGAUGCGUGGUCACUGAUGAAGAAACAGAUAAUGGGCAAUAACACACAUGAGACAGAGCUUGAUGAGCUAAAGGAUAUUGGAUUGCAGAUUAUAGCAAAUUGUGGUGGUUUGCCACUUGCUAUUAAAGUGAUGGGAGGAGUGUUGAGUGUGAGACAUGUGCAACGGCCUGACUGGAUGAGGGUUCUGAAUGAUUUUAUUCCAAGUUGUGAACUGCCCGAGGUGAUAAACCACUCAGUGUACUUAAGCUAUGAAGAUCUAGCUCCUUGUUUGAAGCAGUGCUUCCUGCACUACUCACUUCUCCCUACAAACGCAGUGUUCUAUGAGAAUGACAUUGUUGGCAUGUGGAUCAGCGAAGGUUUUAUUCAUGGAAACUCACAUGAUUAUUGGAGAGAUUCAGAAGAUUUAGGAAGUGAGUACUACAGGGAGCUUAUACUGAGGAACCUUAUAGAGCCGGAUGCAAGGUACACUAGUCAACUGGUUUGCAACAUGAAUGACGUUGUUCGCUCAUUUGCUCAAUCCAUUUGUAGGGAUGAGGCACUAGUGGCUCACAAUGGAGAUAUGUAUGGUUAUCUUAGUUCAAGAAAGUUCUAUCAGUUGUCUCUAGAAAGCAAAGAAUUGGAGUCAGAUAUGUUAGUCUGGAGUCUUGUACAAGAACAGACAUCAUUGCGAACGCUAGUAUCAAUUGGCCAGAUAAAGCUUAAACCUGGUGAUUCUUUGAUGGCCUUUCCAAGUCCACGGACCCUACACAUAGAAUCCACAAAUGCUGCUGUAUUGGUUGAAUCUUUGUGUCAACUUAAGCACCUGAGGUAUUUGUCUGUAGCACACACUGAUGUAUCUAGUCUUCCAGAAAACAUCAACACGAUGAAAUUCUUGCAGCAUAUUAACCUCCAGGGUUGUGAAAGUUUUGAGAAACUUCCUGAUAGCAUUAUAAAGCUAGAGCAGCUGAGGUAUCUAAACCUUAAUGACACAGGUAUAAAUGUUAUACCUCGGGGUUUUUGUAUUCUAACAAAUUUGAGUAAACUAUAUGGGUUUCCAGCCUACAUGGAUGGCAACUGGUGUAGUCUGGAAGAGUUGUGGCCUCUUUCCCGGUUAAAAGAAAUUGAAUUGAAGGGUUUGGACAAUGUAGCUGCUGGUUUGUUUGCUGAAAGCGCCAGCCUUUAUCAGAUGCGUCUUAGCUACUUGAAGUUAGAGUGCAGCACCAGAGUGGGAGGUGGUGGGUUGGUUAUAGAAGGAAGAAGUGUAUUCCAGGAUGAAGAAAACCAACGAAUCGAGGCGGUGUUUGAUGAGCUCCACCCACCACAGCGCCUAAGUACUCUUGUCAUCCAAGGAUACUUUGGUCUGCAGCUCCCAGUUUGGAUGAGAACAGAGGACCGUCUUGAGUGCUUGGUUGUUCUGACGAUGGAAGAUUUGGCUUGCUGCACCCAGCUUCCAUGUUGCUUGAGUCAGCUUCCCUAUUUGGAGGUCCUUAAGAUUCAACGAGCCCCAGCCAUCAGCUGUGUGGGGCCUGAAUUCUUAGGAGUCUCCGAACAUCAUGACCAGACGGCGAUUAUGUUUCCUCGUUUGCAUGAACUGGUCUUCUCUGGAAUGGUGAAGUGGGAGGAGUGGGUGUGGGAAAAACAGUUAAAUGCCAUGCCCGCCCUGGAGGAGCUUCUGGUCGAUAACUGCAAACUGAGGAGCUUUCCUCCUGGCCUUGCCUUCCGUGCAAGGGCUUUGAGACGAUUGGUCGUUACUGCGGCUCAAAACCUGAACUCUCUUGAUAGUUUUGCUUCUGUUGUUGAGCUUGACGUGUAUUUCAGUCCAACGCUGACAAGUAUAGCUAAUCUCCAUCAACUGCAAAAGCUUACAAUCAUUUUCUGCCCGAAGCUCGAGAAAUUGAUUGGUGUUCCUGCAAUCCGAAGACUAGUGCUGGAGGAUUAUGACAUGGAAACACUCCCGAGAUACCUUCAAGAUGUAGGGAACCUGAGCCUUUUGCAGCUAGACUGCAGCCUAGAGCUUCUCACGUCCAUAGCCAUGGGGCAACCUGGACCAGAGUGGAAAAAGUACAGCCAUGUCAAGCAUGUCGAGGCAUAUGCGCAUGAUGGAGACAAUCAAAGGGAAUGGUAUGUGUUAUACACAAAAGAUCCCUACAAAUUCGAGACAAACAUCAACCAACGCUCUUCCAAACUGGCAGCUGUUGGCAAAGGUGAAGACAAGCUUAUUGGCAAAGAGGCAGAACAACUUCUUGGCAUAGACAGCUCGAGUGACUCAGCAGUUUUUUUCACUACCACAGUCAGCGAAGAUAACAGCGAACUUGUUGGAAUUGAAAAUCCAUGUCAAUCUAUAAUCAAAUUGCUGACGCAUGGUGAUGAGGAAGAACUAAAAAUGGUCUCCAUUUGUGGAACUGGAGGUUUGGGUAAAACGACAGUUGCCCAUGCAGUUUAUAGGAAGAUUGCAAAUGAAUUUAAAUAUAAUUUUUUUGUUGACAUGCCCCGUAAUCUUGACAUAAAAGUGAUCAUUGGAACCAUAUGUGCUGAAGUUGGUUGUCCUCGCCCCAAGUUUGAAGAAUGUGGUGUUCAGCAACUAGUCGACCGACUCAAAAUAUUCUUUGAAGGGAAAAGGUACUUGAUCGUUUUUGAUGGCUUGUGGACCACAUCAGUAUGGGAUCAAAUUCUGCCUGCACUGAAAGAUAAUAGACAUGGAAGUAGAAUAAUAAUUACAACCCGGAAUGUCAGUAUUGCUGAACAUGUUGGUGGCCUUUAUCGUCUGCCACUUCUUUCUUGCGACGACUCGAACAUGUUAUUCUUCCGAAGAACAUUAUUUGGCAGUAAAGAUGAUUGUCCUUCUCAAUUUAGAGAAUUGUCUGAGAAAAUGUUGAGUAGAUGUGGACAGUUACCAUUAGCCAUCACUGUCAUAACUGAUUUGCUGCCUAAAGAUAGGGUGUUGGAGGAAUGGCAAAAGGUGUGUGAUUCUAUUGAAAGGGGUAACGGUAUGGAGAAUAUCAGAAGAGUUCUAAAACACAGUUAUGAUGAUCUACCUCCAGAUCUCCAGAGAUGCUUGUUGUGUCUAAGUAUUUUCCCAGAGGGCUAUGAGAUUGGAAGAGAUAGUUUGGUGCAGAGAUGGAUGGCUGAAGAUUUAAUACGUGGGAAGCAUGGACAGAACUUACAGGAACUGGGUGAGAGUUAUUUUUCUGAACUCGUAAAUUCUAACAUGAUCCAACCAAUAGAAUUUGACGGUUCUGGAAGGGAUCUGGUUUACCGUGUACCUGUAACAACUCUUGAUCUUAUUGUCGAUUUGUCUAUUCGCGAGAACUUUGUUACUAUAUUACCUAGCCUACAACGAACAGAUCUCCCAAGUGAGGUACAACGAUUAUCUCUCCGAGGCAGCAAUAAUAAGCAUGAGUUAAAAGCAAUCAAGAACAUUGACCAAGUGAGUUCACUCUCCCUCUUUAAUGGUGCUGGUUUGAUGCAGCCACUUUCAAAAUUUCAAGGGCUGCAAGUGUUACAUUUACAGAAAUGUGAUUCUGUGAAGAAUGAAGGUGAUUCUGUGAAGAAUGAACGAGAUUCUGUGAAGAAUGAAGGUGUUUCUGUGAAGAAUGAAGGAGAUUCUGUGAAGAAUGAAGAUCUUAACGGUCUUGAGAGUUUGGACAAGCUGAGGUAUCUUGUUCUAGGCAGCAGUCAUAUUACCGAGAUCCCCAAAAUGAUCGGGAAACUACGCCAUCUGCAGAUACUGGAUUUGACGGCAACUCGUGUAAAAGAGCUGCCAUCAAGCAUUGGUAAGCUUACAAAAUUGCGGCGUCUGCUUAUUAACAGAUCCACAGAAGUACCAGAUAAGAUCAUUGGGAAACUAGAAGCUCUAGAAGAACUGGUGGGCAUUGAUAUCUCCAAGUCUCCAAAUAUUCUGCAAGAGAUUGGUACCAUGCCAGAACUGAGGGUGCUCAGCAUUGCCUUGUGGUCGUGGGAUGAGCAUCAUACCACACUUCUCUCCCAGAUUAUCUGCAAACUGGCUAUGAAGAAACUCAGACAUCUCUCUAUCUGCUCUUGCUGUUUACUAGAUUUGAAGCCAGAUUUGAAGCCAGAUCUGCAGCCGGUUCUCCAACUGGAAAAGCUUGAGAUACAGGGCAGCAUAUUCGAGAAAUUACCAACGUGGAUUAACGGACUCACCCAUCUCCGCUCCUUGUCCAUCGAGAUCUACUCCUUGGAAAAUAAUGCCCUUGAAGUACUUGGGGAAUUAGAGCUUCUUUUCCUAUCCCUUGUUGCAAAGAGGACCUCAGGAGAAAAGUUGGUGAUUAUGACAAAUAAAUUCUGUACCCUGGAAACUUUCCUUCUGUUCAGCCGUGCCACAGCAAUCGAGUUUGAACAAGGAGCUAUGGAGAAACUUCAAAGGCUUAAGUUAACGCUGCAGGCGUCACUGACAAAGACGGAUCAUCUUGGCCUGGAUACUCUCUCUUCACUUGAGCACGUCCAAGUUGAAAUUAUCUGCAUCAGUGCCACGGAUGGGGAUGUGAAGGUUGCUGAGGCUGCAAUCCGGAGCAUGAUUGGAAAUAACCCCCGUAAACCUAGACUUGAAAUGAAAAGAAUCGUGGAGGGAUAUAUGGAAGAAGAUAAAAAGAAAGAGUCAGAAUGUGAAAUCGAGGUAGAAGAUGAAGAUCAAGAAGCACUCCGUAUGACAAAGCCGGAAGAACAGACCGUUACAGCAAAGAAGAAGAAGAGCAGGAGGGCAAGGAAGAAGAACAAGAGGCAUUACUAGAAACAAUGAAGAUCGGUGCCUUCACCUACCUGGGUGGACUUUCAUUUUGUUUUUGUUAGUGUUCUGUAUUUGCUUCCGUUUGCACGUGAAUUCAUGAACUAUCACCAGCAGGGUGCCUCGUGCAUAACAUCAGAACUUUAUAAUCUGUAAUAGGACUAGUCGUCUCCGUACUUAAAAACCGAUGCAUCAUGGCGCUGCCAGUUUUUUUGCCCCAUAGCCCAAAUCCGGGUGGUGGGUUUUUCUGGUGGUACGGUGCUUACAACUCUCGUUUAAUUUCUUGUACAUAGUUCAUUUAUUGCCGUUGUGAAAUAUAAUCAAGAAUGAGGGAAACCUUAUUCGAGAAUUUAUCUUUA